AUGUCGUCUAGUCGUUCUGUUGUGCCAUUAGAAUCAAAUCCUGAAGUGUUCGCCACAUUUGCUCACAAUUUAGGUUUACGAUCAUCAUAUGGAUUCACCGAUAUCUACUCCUUAACAGAUCCUGAAAUACUUGCAUUUACCCCAAGACCAAUUAAAGCCAUUAUUUUACUUUUCCCCAUUAACGAAAUAACUGAAAGUGCUAGCAAGAAUGAUAAUUCACAAACUGGAAAAGUAAAUGUGACUAAAAACCCAGUAUGGUUCAAACAAACAAUUAAAAAUGCAUGUGGGUUGUACGCAUUGUUGCAUUCUUUGUCAAACAAUCAAGAAUUAUUAAAUAAGGAUUGUGAACUUACUGAAUUUCUUCUAGCUAAUUCAAGUAAAGAUGGGAAGUAUGAGGACAAAGCAACAGAUGAUUUUAUUGUAAAUAUUAGUGAGCGAUUUUCAAAUAAUUUUAAUGAAGGUCAAACUUCUGCUCCGGAUCCAAAUGAAGAUAUAAAUUUACAUUUUAUUACUUUUGUUGAAUCAAAUAAUAAAAUAUUUGAACUAGAUGGGAGAAGACCAAAUGGAGCAUUCGAAUUAGGCGAUGCUUCCAGCAGCGCAAUGGAUCUGGCUGACCAAGAUUUAGUGAAAAAAAGAGUUCAGUGGUAUAUGGAUAGCGCAAAUGAAUCAGAUAAAUUAAAAUUCUCUCUACUAGCACUAAUAUCUAUAUAA